CACGGUUGUUCCAAACUGGUAUCACAUAGCAUGGGAGCUCCGAAAAUCAAUGUCGUUGGCGCUGGCGUUCAAGGUCUUACAGUAGCUCUUAUCCUUCAAAAGAAAGGUUACGAUGUGACGGUGAUCGCAAAGUACUGGCCGGGAGAUCUCAGUAUCGAAUAUACAUCACCGUGGGCAGGCGCGGAUUGGCAAGCUAUGGCUUCCAAUGAAGACUUACGAUUGCAAAAGUUUGAAUCCGAUACAUUCAAAGUGUUAUGGAAGCUCUCGCACCUCCGGCCGAAGGAAACCGGGAUCAUCAGAGUCCCGUCCGUCAUGUACUUUGAUGAAAAGACCGAAAAUACUGUCGAUCCUUGGUGGAAAGACCUGGUACCAGAUUUCAAAAUAAUCCCUCAGGAGGAGUUACCCGGAUCAGCGGUAGUUGGACUAUCUCAUACCAGUGUGUGCAUCAAUACACCCCACUACCUCAAAUGGCUCCUGUCAGAAUUCACAGCACUGGGUGGGAAGGUACGCAAACAGUUCCUGCGCCACAUUCAGGAUGCUGCCGAUGAAGACGGCUCAACGGCAGCCAUUGUGAAUUGUACUGGUUUGCAAGCUAGAUACCUAGGGGGUGUAGAGGACAAGAAGGUGUUUGCCACGCGUGGUCAGACAGUUUUAGUUCGAGCUCCCCAUUUCAAGAAGAUCCUGACCCACCAAGGCAAGGAUUAUGUGACUUACAUUAUUCCGCGUUCCAAUGGAGAUGUCAUUCUUGGAGGAACACAGCAGCAUCAUAACUAUGAUCAAGAACCCGAUUUCGGCACUGCCCGCGCUAUUAUGGAGCGCACUUAUAAGCACUUUCCCGAAUUGACGCAUGGAAAAGGCAUUGAGGCAUUGGACAUCGUAAGGCAGAAUGUGGGCCUGCGGCCGACUCGAGAAGGAGGUCCACGUGUCGAAAAUGAGUUUAGCAAGGCACCUUCGGGAAAAACAUUGCUCAUCACACACAACUAUGGUCAUGGUGGUUACGGGGUGCAAACAUCGUGGGGCAGUGCAACCGCCGCUGCCAAACUCGUGGUCAGCGGUCUCUCUCAGAUUCAAGGAGCAGCUUCCGAUGUCCACGGCUUGUUGGAUGACCUUUGGAGUAAGCUUUGAGUCAAAAUAUAAUAUCAUGUCUCGGUGGUUUGCAGUAUGAUCUAUAUGAUUUUAAUGACUUUUAAGACAAGAGCUGUGAAAUAAACGCA